GAACUGAAACUGGGAACCACCCGACGGCCCCGGCACAAAGGGCCCGGCCGGGGCCACCGCGGGGCUUUCUGCUCAGGGCUUCCAGAGGGACAGCGGGGAUCCGCCACUGCGCCUCCCGUCCCCUCCCUUCGGCACGGACCCGCGGCCUCUGCGCCACCGCGGGCACUGACCCCUCCAGCCUCUCUCCAGCCUCUCCUUCCCCGCCGGGCGAUGUCCGCUACCUCCGCGUCCGCGGCGUCCUCGCUCCUUCCCGCCGCCUCACCGGACCUCGACCGCGCGUUUCCCCCCGGGGCGGGCGGAGGCGGCGGCGCCUCCUCAGCCGGGGGCCGGAGCGGCGGCUGCCCCGGGGCCGUGUGGGGAAGGGCGGCUCCCGCUCCUUGUCCCGCUCCCGCUCCCGAGGGCCGCCCGCCGGCAGCUCCCCCGGGCCGCCCCCGCGAGAGGGCGCUGGCGGCGGCCCCGGGACCGCCGAGUUUGAAAAGUGCCGGUCCGGGCGGAGCAAUGGCGGCAAUGGCGACCCCGCAGGGCAGCUCUCUCUUGCAGCUGGGCAAUGACGUGAACUUAAUGGAUCCAAGCUUCCAGCAGAAACUGGAGGGUGAGAAGGAGCUGCUUCGCCGGGCUAUACAGAAGGAACUGAAGAUUAAAGAGGGAGCGGAAAACCUGCGCAAAGCGACAACAGACAGAAAGAACCUUGUUCACAUCGAGCACGUGCUGAAAUCUUCCAACAGAAAACUGGAGCAGCUGCACUGGGAACUUCAGGAGCUCAAUGCAAGGAUUUUGAUACCAGACAAAGAGAAGAGUAUGACAGAUGGAUCUGUAUCUCCAGAUCCCUGUCUCUGGGAAAGAAGCCCAGACCCCAUGGCAAGGAAGGUUGAAGCUUUGAAAAAACAGCUGCAUGUUGAAAUGAAAGUGAAGCAAGGAGCUGAGAACAUGAUCCAAAUGUAUUCAACAUCCAAGGAGCGGAAGCUGUUGGCUAGAGCUCAGCAGAUGCUUCAGGACAGCAAGACAAAGAUUGAAAUAAUCCGCAUGCACAUCGUGAAGGUAUCUCAGUCAGCAGGAGGGAUGGAAGAUGCAGUGGAUCCAGCAGUGAGGAUGGGGACCACCAUCAGUGCUUUGGAGCUGCGGAUCGAGGAGCUGAGGCAUCACCUGCGCAUUGAGGCUGCUGUGGCGGAGGGGGCGAAAAAUGUGCUGAAGAUCCUGGGGGGGAGCCGGGUACAGGACCGCAAGUUUUUGGCUGAGGCUCAGGGUCGUUUGCAAGAGUCCUCUCAGAAGAUUGAUCUGCUGCGCUUCUCCCUGGAACGUCAGCUCAGUGAGCUUUCUCCCGAUCACCCAAAAAGAGCACUCAUCAAACAGGAGCUAAUAAACACUUCCUCCCUGGGAGCCCGGCAUGGCAGCAUGCAACCCACUUCAGUCAUCAAACCUACAGCCCUUACAGGAACACUGGAAGUGAGACUGAUGGGGUGUCAGGAUCUAUUGGAAAAUGUUCCAGGACGUUCCCGAAUGACAAGUUCUUCUCCCAUCUGUGGCAGCCCAAGUGAUUUGAGGUCCCUUUCCCGGACACGAGUCGGCCUGGGCAUCCAUGGCCGUGGUGUUGCAGGAAAAUACCGGAAUGAAGAGCCAAGUAAUGAGGUCCUUGCUGUGCUCAAAGUGGACAAUAAAGUGGUUGGCCAAACAAACUGGGGACCAGUUAAUAACCAGGCAUGGGACCAGAGUUUUGCCAUUGAGCUGGACCGGUCUCGUGAGCUAGAAAUUGCAAUUUAUUGGAGAGAUUGGAGAGAACUCUGUGCAGUGAAGUUUUUACGUUUGGAUGAUUUUCUUGAUAAUGAACGUCAUGGGAUGUGCCUCUCGCUGGAGCCCCAAGGAAUGCUUUUUGCAGAGGUGAUGUUCUGUAAUCCUGUCAUUGAGAGGAAGCCAAAACUUCAGCGACAGAAACGCAUUUUCCCCAAGCAGAAAGGGAAGGAAUUUCUCCGAGCUCCUCAAAUGAACAUGAAUGUUGCAGCCUGGGGUCGCCUGAUGAUGAGUUUCCUCCCUCCCUGUAGUUCCAUCAGCACGCUGAGUCCCCCACUUCAUGAUCCCAAUCACACAGACUUUCCUCCAGUUUCCCCACAGAGUCAUGGUGAUUCAGUCUCCAAAUUGAGUAGUGACUUCCCUGUGGCUAAGCUUACAUUUGCUGAUGAAGCCCCACCCAAGCCUCCUCGCCUUUUUCUGAUGGCCAACUCCAAGGAAUCGACGCCGUCUCCUGCAGAUUCUCCGUGCCUGAAGAGGCUACAUGUUGAGGAGAAGUCUUGCAGAUCUCCUGUAACAGGAGUUCCAAUCCCAGCGUCUCCAAGGAAAAGGACAGUUCAGCUGGAGGAUUUUCACUGCAUUGCUAUGUUGGGCCGUGGCCACUUUGGGAAGGUACUGCUGGCCCAAUACAAGGCAACUGGGAAGCUGUAUGCCAUCAAAGCCUUGAAGAAAAAAGACAUUAUUAGGAGAGAUGAAAUUGAUAGCUUGAACUGUGAGAAGCGAAUAUUUGAGGUGGUCAAUUCUUCUGAUCAUCCAUUCCUUGUGAACAUGUUUGCCUGUUUCCAGACCCCUCACCAUGCCUGCUUUGUGAUGGAAUACACUCCAGGUGGGGAUCUGAUGAUGCGCAUACACGAAGAUGUCUUUCCGGAGCAUACGGCACAGUUUUAUACAGCCUGUGUAGUCUUGGGGCUCCAGUUCUUGCAUGAGAAGAAAAUUGUUUAUAGGGACCUGAAAUUGGAUAAUCUCCUUUUAGAUGCUGAAGGAUUUGUGAAGAUCGCAGAUUUUGGAUUGUGUAAGGAAGGAAUAGGUUUUGGAGACCGGACAAACACCUUCUGUGGCACCCCUGAGUUUCUGGCCCCAGAAGUGCUGACAGACAUCUCGUACACGCGGGCAGUGGACUGGUGGGGCCUGGGUGUGCUCAUUUAUGAGAUGCUUGUUGGUGAGUCGCCAUUCCCUGGAGAUGAUGAGGAGGAAGUCUUUGACAGCAUUGUCAACGAUGAAGUCCGGUAUCCACGAUUCCUUUCAACCGAAGCACUUUCCAUAAUCCGUAAGCUGCUUCGGAAAUGUCCAGAGCGUAGACUGGGAGCAGGGGAAAAAGAUGCAGAAGAGAUUAAAAUUCAGCCCUUUUUUAAGGGAAUUGAUUGGAAUGCCUUGUUUGCCAGGAGGCUGAAGCCCCCCUUUGUGCCCACGCUAAGAGAUCCAACCGACAUCAGCAACUUUGAUGAAGAGUUCACUUCCCAAAAGCCAAUCCUUACUCCUCCUGAGGAGGUUUCUCUCCUAACCCGUAAGGAGCAGACCGUCUUCAAGGACUUUGACUUUGUUUCCAAACAUCUUUUAGAUGUGUGAUUCCUGGGCUACAAAAACAUGAAGAGAUUGUUACCACCUUGAGAGAACAUAGAGAAAACUUUGCAGGGCCAGUGGAAAGGCCAACAGGAUUUGUAGUACAGGUAGUCCCAGGAUGGCCCCAGGAUGAGGUGCCCUGCAAGCUGAAUUAACCUGCUGUGGGUUUUCCAGCCUCACGUGUUGGAAGGACCCUGGAUGUCAAUUACCUUUAAGGAAUAAUUAAUGUUUGAUGGGGUAUAUCUUCUUCUGUCAUUGAAUGUAGAUGAAAUUUGGAAUUUAAGCUGGACUUGCAAUCAAAUCCUCUCUGCAACCCAGGUUACCCUUUGCAAAAAGCCUGAGUAAGUAGUGUGAUUUUUAAACUUGUAGCAUAGCAGGGGAGUGGCCACUUCUCACUGAUUUUCUAGAGAUGCAGCAUUCCCUCCUGGUAAUGAUUGUAUGACAUUUCCCACUCAUCAAAAUGUGUGUGCCAGACAAGGAAUGGAUUUUAACACUACCAAGACAAUGAUGUUUGAUAAUGAUCCAAGUGAUUUAUCGGAAGGAAGAUGAAUCUUUCUGCUUAAGGGUGCCAACUCUUAGCUAUUGUUUAUAAUGAUAUCAAACUCCACAGCUUUGCACAUGUUUUUUUUCUUUUUUUGAAAAUAAAGAUACCUUUCUAUAUAAUA